ACAGGGCUCUCUGCUCUCCUCACCUCCGUUCUUUCGAAGUCUCCUGUGCUCUUAUUUUGUUGUGUAUGUCUCCUCAUCUUAGCCCGAAAUCUUCUGCGUGAAUCAGGACAAAGGAGAAGAGGAUUUUCUCUUUUGUCUCUCCUCUAUUCUCUCACCUUUACACUCAUUUUCAUUUUCAUCGCUGCUUUGGGCCUACAAGAUUAUCUUCUCCAAUUCAUCUCCAUCCUUCCCAUCAUCUUUUAAACCCCUCUGCCUUUGCCCUUUUCCCUUCUUGUCUCAUUCUGUCCCUCACUGUGGAAGUAAAUCUUCAACCUGCCACCCCUGGAGACCUUGCAGAUGUUCGCAGCCCGGCGCUGAAGCGGGCGCUCGCCAGCAGCCCAGAUGCAUUUGCGACUCUUUGCCAUUGUCAUAUCCUUGCUAUGUGAGGUGAUCAGGAUGGGGUCUGGUGUCGUGCAGAAGCAAAGUGCUCACAGAGAGACAUCAGAGGACUGUCGGAGCUGUCUGGAGUGUUCCCGUGACAAUGGCUGUGUGCGUUGCCCCGAGCGACUCUUCCUGUUCCUGCAGAGGGAGGGGAUAUCUCACCAUGGAACUUGUGUCCACGCCUGCCCCGCUGGACACUACGGACAGAGAGGGAAGGACAUCAACCGCUGCAUGAAGUGCCGCUCUUUGGACUGUGAGCAUUGUUUCAGCCGGGACUUUUGCACCAAGUGUAAGCCUGGCUUCCAGCUGCACAAAGGCAAGUGUCUGACCCACUGCCCAGAGGGAACCUUCGCCCACCAGGCCGACUGCCUCGAGCACUGUCUCCAGGCUCCAUUGGGAGAGUGGAGCGACUGGAGCGCCUGUCUCCGUGACGGUGUCAACUGUGGCUUCCGGUGGGGCAAGCAGACCAGGACCCGGGGGGCUGGGCAGUCCGGCAGAAUGCCUGAAGAGAAAGCAACAUCACUUUGCCCAUCCUACAGCGAGACACAGAGGUGCAGGAUGAAGAAAAAAUGUCCUACAGAAAGAAGAAAGAAUAUAAAAGAAGGUCUUGGAAGAAAGAGGGAGAGAAAACGACUACGGGUGCUCGCCAGCGACAACGUUGGAAACUCGGCGAACGGAACAACAGACGCCGCCAGAGAGCACGGCGAUCCCUGAGGAUGAGGCGCACGCAGCUCACCGCGACACCUGACACAUGUUGGAGUAUCAGUCAGCUGACAUCAGCAGGAGCUUUGAAAUCAGAGAGCAAUUCAUUGUUUAUUAUGUUUCCAAUCAGCCUGUAUAAUAAAUGUAUUAAAAUGCACUGCCAUUCACCAGAAUCCUGUUUACUGGAAACUCAAAGGAACAAUUAAGCAGAUUUUAUGACUAAGAAAUUCUUGCGUUGUGAUGCAUGUGACCAAUGAGUCACGAGUUCCCCACCCAAGAAAUGUUGGAACUUGGUGGUAGCCAAUAAAAUAACUGUCCCUUUUUAUCUGGAAUAAGAACAGUUUGAGUUUCACAGAAUUGAAAUGAAUCAGCGAAUGUUUCUCUGACGUUUAGUAAUUAAACAUUUUCUUGUGGGUUCCAAAAGUCAGAAAAUCAGACUCACAGAAAUUCAGACGCAAAUUAAAUUUGUGCAUUUACAUUCAACAAAGAAAUCUAAAAAAAGUUGUGAUACCAACAAAUUAUUACAAAUAGUAUCAGAAAUUCCAACCACUUUUCCUCUUAACUGUAGAGAAGUUCAUCCAUCUCGAUUGUUUUGGUGUGAGUUGCUGAGUUUUGGAGGUAUUGGCUGUAGAGAUGUCUGACUGUACAACAACGUUUCUUUCUAGAAAUCAUGACCCGGUGACUCAAGAGAAUCCACAGACCUUGUUGUAGUCGUGAAGGAAGCUUUUUGGAGCUUGGUAAUGUUGCAGCACAGCUGAGGAGGACGCCAUCGGUGUUUACAUCCUGUAUGAGCCUCCCAUCCAUAAGGAGAUGCACUGUGAUGUAUAUAAAAAAAAAUAGUUCCUCACAACAAGAUCUGCGGAUUAUCUUGAGUAAAUGGGUCAUGAUUUACAUUCUGUUGGUUCCAUUAUAUUGGAGAGAAGGCCGACACCUUUACGGCCGAUAUCUCCAAAACUCAGCAACUCACAAUUUAGAUGAAUACAAAGCACAAAACCUAAGAUUAAUGUUGUUGGGAUCAACUGUCCCUUUAAGAAGUUUCUGUUUAUGUUCAGUGUUUCCCACCAAGACUCGCUGCGUUCAUCCUUAAGGUCUGACAAACGUGUGGAGUACAUGUUCUUUCUCUCUUUGCAAAGCUGAAGUUUGAAACCUGCAUUGUUUACAUCCGUGUUUACUAGCUCGCCGUCUUCUUCUUCUUCACCGCCUGUGUUGGUGUUGGACACGUAACUGUGGCGUGUGUGUCCUCGACAACAAGAGACAAACACAAUUAUGGCUCCGUAGCAUUAAUGGUGGUCAACAACUCCACAGGGAACCUUUCAUUUCUUAAUCUGAACAGUUAAACUCUUCAGAAAGUCUUCAAUCUGCCUCUCAAAGAUGUUUGUGUGCUUCCUCCAUGAACAGAUAAAUAUUAGAUGGGCAAAAUAAUGUGAUUUACAGAAUGUAUAAUUCAAUAUGAUUAAAUUAAAGAUGACAAUAGGCUUCUACUUCCAACAGUUUCUCUAAAUACGGAGACGCUGUUCAGUAAAGUUGCCACAUAAGUACCUGAUUUCUUCACUUUAACAGCUUUUUGACUCUGUCCUUUAAAUCAUCUCAUUAAAAAUAACCCUCUUCUGGUUUGCUCUUUUUUAUUCAUUCAAAAAUGUAGAUACAGACAAAUGUUGCCUAUUGUGUUUCUCAAACGUCUGUUGAAUUUGUCAGAAAUAAGAAGGAAUUCCCACACAGUCCAACUUAUUGCCAACCUCACACUUUGCCUUUAAAUCACAUUGUAGUAUUUAAUUGACAUUUUCGAUACGAAGGGACGGUUGUAUUCAGUUAUUUUCAGUCUGCGUUAUCUGAUAUUGCACAAGUAAAGCUGAGGUGGAGUGACUGAAAAUGUGGGUAUUCCUUUUUUUUCAGAUCUCAUUGGCUAGCUUCAGUUGUAUAUUUAUCAAUAUUUCUCCGACUAAAUGGGAUUUUAUUCCACGACAUGAAUGUAUGUUUCAAUAAAUGUAUAUUUUGAUGCUG